UGAAUCUUGGCUGGACCUUACGCGGGAGGAUAGGACGGCCGUCGGGGCCCGUUGGGACGGUUGCUGGCGCUGCGCUCUCCGCCAUGAUUUUUUGUCUGAUCACAGGGUCCACAGGCAUGUUGUCCAACAACAAAAGUUUCGGGUACCGCCGGUAGGCCUCUUCCACGUAGCCCUGCUGCGACGUGAUCGGGUUUCCGCUGAGAACCAACUGCUCCAAGUUCUUGAACCUGUGGCGCCAAUUGUCCAGCGUUUUCCAGUCCCCGAUGGAGUUGCCUUCCAGACUCAAGUUCUUCAAGUCCGGAAAUGUUACGCUCAGACUCGUGACGGCGCGGACGUCCUUUAGGUUGUUGUGCGCUAGCGAUACGCUGUGGACUGUGUCACGCUUUUGCUGCGCCGUCGUGAACUUCUUUUCAGCUACUUGCAUGAGCGCUGGGAACAUCUUGCUGGUUGUGCUGCUGAGUUGGAAGAAGCCGUUCGCCCUCAAGAGCACGUCCUCACCGAGCCGCGAUAGGUCCAGGAAUUUGGCUUCGGGGCUGUACCGAUUCGCAAGAACGCCCUCAAGGGUUUGGAUCGUGUCCACGGUAUCCUUAUUCGCUGGAUUGGCGCGGGAGAU